UAUAGUAUACAUCUCUGUGUGAGCCGCCAUGGAGGCUAGGUCGGUGUCCCGACGUACGGAGUGGGUGGUAAGCGCACUCGCACACCACUACGGCUUCGACCAGGGCGCACCGAACGAGAUCGUCGUGCUCUCUCUCGGCGUCGACCAGUACAUCCAGGAGAUAUUCAACAACCUCGACUGCGCCGGCGCCGGCGUCGUCUCCGCCGACCAGUUCCGCGCGCUGUGCGACGUCCUCGCCGUCGGCUCGCCGCCGUCGCCCGACGACCUGCCGACGUCGCUCGAUUUCAAGCAGUUCCACGCGCGCCUCUGCGAACACGUGCUGGCGACGUUCGGCGUGCGCGACUUCCGGCCGUCGUCGGCGCGCGUCGCCGACGACGACGAGGAGUACGUGACGACGAGCAUCAAGCUGAACCAGGCGACGUCGCUGCGCGGCGGCGGCGGCGGCGAGCGCCCCCUGGCGGCGACCGCCUGCAUCACGUGCUCGAUGUGCGUGCGCGAGCUUGUCAACAGUCUACUGCUGAACAAGUGCAAGAUGUCGUUCGCGGGGGCGAUGCGACGCGGCGGCGGUGGCGCCGCCCUGACGGCCGAGCAGGGCGACUGCGCCGCGAAGAUCGAGCUCAUCUGGCGAGCGAUCGUCGACAGCUACGAGACGCUGCAGCAGCGGGUCGUCGCCCAGGAGGAGGAGGUCGAGGGACUGCGAGAACUCGUCGAGGACCUGCGCGCGGCGCUGCAGUCGGGCGACGCGCGCUGCCUCGCCUUCCAGGUGGAGCUGCGACGCACGCGACAGCUGCAGCGGCAGCGCCAGCGCGACCCCUGCCGGCGGUGCGUCUGCGACGGUGGCGCCCCCGCGCCGACGAUCCACCGCAGCGUGAAGACGAUCGAGAUUCGCAACGGACGCGUGCACAGCCCCGACGACGACGACCACCACCAGGUGGCGCCACCGCUUCGCGGCGACGACCAGCAGGCGGCGCCACCGACGCUGGCGGAGCGCUACCGGCACUACUCGCCGCGCUGCAUGGAGCGACUCGUCCGCGAGAUGGCGCGCGUGCGCGGCAACCGCGACGUGCAGCUCCAGGAGGCGCUGUACGUCACCGAGGAUCUCCAAUACGAGGCGCGCAAGCGGCGACGCGCCAUCGAGCGGCUGCAGCGCGAGGCCGACGAGCUGGUGGCGCUGCAGUCGCGCACGCGCGACGGACUGCGGGAGGCGCGCGUGUACGUCGGCGACGGGCUCGAACGCGUACUGGAGCUGGAGAGCGAGGCCCGCGAACUGCCGCUGCUGAGGGAGAAGGUGCGGCAGCUGACGAAGAAGGCGACGUCGCCGCAGGAGAGGAAUCAAUGCAGCAGCAGCAAUGGCCGCAGUUCACCCAUGGGUCAGUGUUGCUCCCCCAAGUGCCCGAGCCCGGACAUCCUGGACCACAGGGCCGUGGAAGGACAGUCCGGUUCAGAGGACGAUAUCAGUACAGGACGUGACGACGUCACCAUACCUGAUGACGUCAUCACUCCAGCCGAUAUCACCAAAAUUCAAGCGGAGGUCACUUCAUUGAAGCGACAGUUGGCAGACUGUCAUUUUAAAGCGGAAGAGGUGAAUGCGUCGAUGCGGGAGGAGCUAGCCAACAAGCAGUUCGAAUGUGAUGAGGUUCUGGUAGAGCUGCAGCAGUCGGAGAACGAGCGCGCCCGCCUGACUAUCAUCGAACAUGGACUCCGCGACGCACUUCAUCUGCUCAACGGUCUCAAGUCAAACCUGGUGUCUCGCCGCACGCUGGGUAAGAUGGUCAUGGACGCUCUCGAUCGCUCCGAGACGAUGACGAGCGCCGACGAAGCCGUGCAGGUGUUCGUCACGAGUCUGCAGACGAUCGCCGCAGGCUCGGCGCUGCUGCACUCGUCCGCCUCCGAGGAUUCGAGUCCCAACACGACGCCGAAGCGUCGCAUUCCCGUCAUACGCGAGGACAUCAUCAGUAGUUGAGCAGCGCGCGCGGGGGUGGAGAGUACGCCGGGGGCCCGGGUUCGAGUCUCGCUCGCGUGCGGGACUUGAACCAGAUUAACCGUGAUUUUCCGACCAGGAUGUCCGAUUAGGAUGUAAAAGAGAAUAAGAGUUAAUAAAUAUACAGCGGGGGACUAUGUUAGCAUGGGGUUGUUUUUGCUAUGCUCCAGGCGAAACCACGUUAGGGUAUAAGUUGUGCUGAUAAAUUAUUCAACGAACAUUAUUAAUAUAUAUAUAUGUGAUUUUUAAUUGAAUUGACCUAUAUGUGGGAUGGCGAAUAUGACCUGCAUGACGAAUAAGUAAAUGAACAGUUGCCAUGUACGGUUUCGUUAGGCAGUUUGCUGUACGUGCUGUGAAUCUCCAUACA